GCAUCUUUCUACCUAUUGGCAUGUGUGAUACUUUAUCUCUAGACUGUUCAUGAAUCAUUCAGCAUGGCAGGGAGAGAGAUUCCUGUAUGCCUUUGAGCUGUCUCUGAGCCCUGGACAGCAAACUGACAUGAUGUGCUCGUUCUGGGUUUGCCACUGCUGGCCUACCCUACUUUGCUGGUUCUUUGCCCCAAGACUGAGCACUGCUGUUGGAUCAAACAUAACUCUAAGACUUCUUGAGAGAUCUUCCUGCAAACCAGGUUUUUACUGCCCAGAGGGAGGUGAGGGUCCAGUUCCAUGUCUCAGGGGAACAUUUGGACCAAGUUUUUGGGCCCAGUCUGUAAAUGACUGCAUCAGCUGCCCGCCACAUCACUAUGGACCUAGAGAAGGCCUGAGCAAUUGCCUGCCCUGUGGGCCCUGGUCACAGCAGCCUCUGCCUGGACAGGACAGCUGUACAUGUCUGCGAGAGGGUCAAGUCUUCCAGGCCAGUGACGGACAGUGUCCAUGUACUUUGGGAUACACACAGAAAGGAGAAGCCUGUGUGUUGAAGGUCUAUGAGAUCUGCAAGGAUGGCAGAGCACGAAACCAGCAUGGAGAAUGUCUGGACCACAAGCAAUGGAAGCAGUAUUGCUCCCAGCAGGUGUGUCCAUCUCCUGAGCUGUAUGAAGGCUAUGAUGGUUCUCUGGGCCUGUGUGCUUGCAGAGGGCUGUCCAGGCCUGAGCCAGACAGGGUUGAGUGUGUGGGCUGGUGCCGGAGCAUCCUGAGUCCAGUUCUGCAGCUGGUUUGCACUGGAAGCCUUUACCUGCUCUACACUGAGUCUAAUCAACAGGUGAGCAUGUCUAGAAGCAUGCUGGAGACCGUCCUCAAACACUGGGACUCCCGUGGGAGCUUAGAAUGCAAUGUGCAGCUCAACUUCUCCAGGCCUGUGUACACAGUUAAAACAGGAGAGGCGGGCUUCUUUGGUCUGCUUAAUGCCGUCCCUGUGGAGGUCAGGAGGUUGAUUCUGGCCCACAGCCAGCAAACCAACAGCCAUUUUGAGCCCCUAGAUACAGACCGAGGAAACAUCAAAGACAAAGAGGAAGAUUGGGACUCUCAUUGGUCCAGUAAAUCAUCAGCGUUCGAUACGUCCGACAUGAGGCCUGGAGGAGUCUUGAACCCAACAGCAUGUCUACACCCGGGAGACAUUCUUCUCUUUACCGUGACCCAACAGCACUAUCCUCAGUAUGAUGUAGACAGCUUGUACAACACUAAUGAUGCGUUUGACUGGGGACCCUUCAGAUUACUGGCACAGGACCAAGAACUGGCACGAUCUACCCACUCCCUUUUUUCCAUAAGUCUCCAUGAGCCUGGGGUGUACACCUUCAAACUCAGCAGCCACCAGCAUAGGCACAUGUAUGUGAGGGUAGUGCCUGCAGGUGGAGAGUGCUAUGACUCUGGACCCUUCUUCCCUUCUGACCCACAUCAUUUGACUCGCAUGGGCAUCGCACAGAGACGCCAACUGCUGCUCCGCCCCGACUGGCUGAUGAUCGGUGGGCUUUUAGUAGGAGCUGUAGUAAUCCUGUGCUUGUGUGUCAUAAUAUUGAUCCUGUUCAGGGAGUACGGCUGGCCUGAGAAACUGCCAGCUCAGGCCAGGUACCGUGAUCUGCAGCUAAGGUACAACAUGGACGACUAUUCAUCAAAGGGCUCCAGGGUGGUGGCUGUGAAAAAAACACAUCGAAACCGGCAGGUGGGGUUGACUGAGGAUUCAGUGCAGAGAGAGCUAGAAUUCCCACAGACUGUGCUCACAUUGCCCGCAGUGGUGGCUCUGGUGUCAAAUGAAUUCUGGGACUAUGAAGAGCAAGUGGAUCUUGAAGCCUUCAGCUCCAGCACCUUCUAUGACAUCCUACUCAAGCACAGCGUGUCUGUCACAAUACGUCUCGGGCAGCUCAGAGGAGAGGUGAGACUCUAUGAGAACAACAGUCUAUUUCCCGCCCCUAUAUGA